AUGCUAGCAAUAUAUAAGAGUGUUUCUGAAUUGUCAAACUCUAAAAAUUGUGAAGAAUGGAUUAUACCUACAUCUAUUGGUUAUAAAUGUGCUGUAGUAUUUGCAGGUGUUUUAAAACAAUGGAUUACUAAUAGUCUUAUUUUAGCUGUACCUGAAAAUAGGAAAAAAACAGUUAAAAUAAAUUUAUAA